AUGCAAGUGAAGUUGAUGCAGUUCCCGGAUGAAGUUCUUGUUUAAAUUUUUCGUUACUUUUUAAGAUUUCGCCACCUGGUGUUACUUUUGCGAAGUAAGCGCAGAUCAGUCAGUCGGAGUUACUUUGUUUAUUUUUGUAAAAACAAUUAUGUCACAAGAAUGGAAAUUGAUUAAAGUUUUGGGGCGUGGUGCUUUUGGUACUGUGGAAUUAUGGCAGAAUAAAAAUCAAAAUAUAGCAAUAAAAAAGUGCCAUAUAGAUAAAAAAAUAUUAACCAACAAGCAAAAGGAACGUUGGAUAAAUGAGGUAUUAAUAAUGAAUAAAUUAAAACACCCGAAUAUAAUCAACACCAAAGAAUUGCCAAAGCAAUUUGAAAAUUACAAUGUUGAUAAUGAUUUACCGAUACUCUGUAUGGAGUACUGUACAAAAGGUGAUUUACGAAGUAUGUUGAACAAGUGUGAUAAUGUCUGCGGAGUUUCUGGCAAAGAAGCUUUAAAAAUAAUGCAUGAUAUUUCUUCAGCUGUCGAGUACUUGCAUCAAGAGAAAACUACUCACAGGGACUUGAAGCCAGAUAAUAUUGUGCUGCAGCAAAUCGGUAGCAAUGUGAUUUAUAAAUUAAUCGACCUGGGAUACGCCAAAGAAUUGAGUGAUGCCAGUAUCGCAGCUUCUGUUGUCGGUACAUUAAAUUAUUUAGCGCCAGAGUUACUUUGGAAAGAAUCUUACAGCUGUUCUGUGGAUUAUUGGAGUCUUGGAAUUUUAUUUUAUGAAAUAAUUACUGGUACCAGACCUUUUUUACCUCACAUGCAAAUUACCACGACUUGGAUGGAUCUAAUAAGGAAGAAAAAUUACAAAGACAUUUCAGCGCGUACAAUCAACGAUCAAAUUGUUUUUAGUCAGGAUAUUGACGAGCCUUGUACGAUUCCCAAAUGCAUAAAAAAUGAUUUAGCCGAAUGGUUCCGCUUAGUCUUGCAAUGGGACCCACGAAGACGAGGAAAAAUUAAAGAAGAUCUCGUAGUUUUUAGCAAAUUAAAGGAAAUACUGGAGAAGAAGGUUACUGAACUUUUUAUUGUUCCACGCUAUAAAUUUGAAUCUUACAUUGUCGACUCAAAUAUGACUAUUGAUGAUUUGAAGCUGUUAAUAUUUAACAAAGAAAAAAUUGAAGUCAAUUGUCAAAUUUUGACUGAUACUAUGGGGAAUAUUUUAGAUGAUCAGUCUUGGAAAAAAAGUGACGUAAUUAUGGUGUUUAGUAAUGACUUGUGUCUUACUCAGACAUCUGAUCAGAAAUUUUACAACUGCAUUAACGAAGCCUUAGCUCAGCCAAGGAAAAAAUUUAAUUAUUAUCAAGCAAAGUCUUACUGUGGAGCGAUAAUGUUUUUUGUGAGAAAGCAGAUUGAGAUUUAUCGGACUUAUAUACUAGCUUUGAGUAUAAUGAUAGACUUUUGCGGCAAAAAAUUUAAUUCUGUAAAUAAUGAAAUUGAAGAACUGAGUUCUGGAGUCGAAAAAUUAGUGAAAAGUCUAGAGGAGACAGAAGGGUUGAUUAAGAAUAUUAAAGGAGAGUCAUGUGAAAGCUUUGAAGCAUUGAAAGGAAAAAUCGGAAAGUUCUUGGAACAGAAGAAGAAAAUGAAGAAGAAAUUUAAUGUUCUUAAGGAAGAUAAAGAAAAGCUUAAAGAAUUCGUGGAGAUUAAUUGGAUGGAAGGUAUCGAAGAGCCGCUGGAUCGAGCGCAAUAUUUAGUUAAUACUUUACUGAUUGCUGACCGAAAUACCCCGCGGUCGCCAUUUGAGAUGGUGCAAUUGUUUUUUAGGUUUUUGAAAGAACGCGAGAAGAAAUUGAGCGACCAACAGCUUGUUCAUUUUCAAAAUAAAAUUACUCAAUUUUUAAAGGAAUUAUCUCAAUUAAAAGAAGUUCUCAAAUCAUUCAAAGCGCUUUUAAAUAAUUACAACGAAGAGUUGACUAAAAUAAGGCAAGAAGUUGAAAUUUUACACGAAACUAGUCCUGCUUGUUCAACUUCGCAGUCUACAAAAAUAAAUACUUCGAUUGAUGAUACAGAUUCUGUGAUUUAUAAUUCUAUUUUUAUUACUAAUAUGCUUGGAAGUUUAUUAACAGAAAUGGAUACCUUAAAAUCAAAAUUUGCUGAUUUAGCAAAAUCAGACGAGUGAAUUUCUAUCAAAUAUCAAUUUUAUUUAAUAUUAAAAUUAAAAUAUAUAAAUUUUUUAUCUAUUGUUAAUGAAGAAAUAAAUAUUUUUAUAUCAAAUUAAUAAUAUUUACGAGGAACAUAAUGACGCACUCCCCAUUUUAUGUUGGCAUUUUUAUCUGUUUUUACAAAAGAGAACACAGGACCUCCAACAUAUUUUCUUGCUAAAAGAAAUUAUUAUUAAUCAUGAGUAAGUA